UGUUCUCGUCCUGCAAAGUGAAAACAAACCGACGCUCUUGGUCAGUGCCGUAAAGAAUUUCUUAAAUUUCGAUUUCUGCAAGAGCACACUUCCCGUAACACCCGGAUGGACAUCGUUCCGGAAUCGUGCCGGCUGUGCCUGUCGGCCAGCGAGCCCACCAGUCCGAUCUACGAGCGGCUCACCCUGGCGGAGAUCACCGAGCUGCUGCACGAAACUUUGGGCAUUCAGAUUUCCAACUCGGAGGAGUACGCCAACAUUUGCAACGGGUGCGAAAUGAAGGUCAAACUGAUGUACACCAUCUACAACGAGUUCCGGCAGGCGGAUAAGCUGUUCUGUUCCUUCCUGGACACGAAGCGGUCCGAAAUGGCUCUGAUCGAGGAGGAUAAAACUUCGAUCCGCAUUGUAACCGUUUUGCCACUGGAAACCCUUGAGGAGGACAAAUUGGAGGUUGAAUGCGAAUUCACAACGGAAGCUACGGAUGAUGACAAGGAAUCAAAGCCCGUACAAAGAACCAAAACCUUAGCAAUCUCCAAACAGGAAUACGACGACAGUGACGAUGAGGAUUACGUAGAUGUGACCUUUCCGGAUCCGGAUUAUUCCAGCGAGGAAGACGAGAAACCGUCCACUUCGAAGCUGCUGACGUGCCACAUCUGCAAGGAAUUCAGUGGAACAAAACGUGCGCUGGAAACACAUCUUCAGAACGUCCAUGGCUCGCUGUUACCGUACUACUGCGACCGAUGCCUGGUGGGCUUCGACGACGAUUUGAUGGCCGUUAACUUCCACUAUCAGUCGCACGAACUGCCAUUCGGUUGUCUGUUCUGUGAAGAUCUGUUCUCCACCGAAGAGGAACUGGAUAUACACAACAAAUCGUGCGUCGGGUACCAAUGCUCACAUUGCCAGGGGUACUUCCAGCUGGUUCAGUAUUUGAAAGACCACGAUUGCAAGUCCAGCAAGCAUCAGAGGGUCCGGGUUCUGACCGGAAUGGUUGGAUCCCUUCGUAACCUGAAUCGGUACAUUCCGCACGUUUGUGGCAUGUGCAACGAAAACAUGGGCAAAAACGAUCGCCUGGCGUAUCACUUCGAGCGGGAGCACAACAACUGCCAGCUGCAGCUCUUCAGCUGUGACAUCUGCCCUAAGAAGUUCACGAUGCUUCUGGCCGCAAGACUGCACCGCAUAUCGCACAAAACCUCCAUCGGCAAACAGCGAAAGCAGGUGGUUCAGGAACGGAACGAGUGCACCAUCUGUACGCGUGAAUUCCGCUUCAACAAGGAACUGCUGGCGCACAUCGAAGCCGAGCACGCCGAGUCCGGAAUGGAGUUCCAUCAGUGUGGCAAGUGCGAGCGGAAGUUCACGUCGGAGGCGAAACUGCAGAAGCACGACUACAACACGCACCAGGGCAAACAGCCGCAGUUUUUCUGCUCGUUUUGUGGGCGGGUGUUUAACAAGAAGCUAGGACUGAAGGAUCACGAGAAUCUGCACCGGGGUAUUACGGAGUAUCACUGCAAAGAGUGCAAUAAGAACUUCACCUACAAAAGUACGUACGAUCGCCAUAUGCAGGUGGUUCACUCCGAUACUAAGCAGUUCACGUGCGAAUACUGCCAUAAAAGCUUCAAGCGGAAGCCUACCCUCAAGGUGCACCUUCGGUUGCACACCGGUGAGAAACCGUACCAGUGCGAGUACUGCAGCCGCCGGUUCGUCGAUCCCAGCUCGUUCCACAAGCACAAAACCAAGGAGCACGGUUGGAAGAGUAGCUAUCAUACGUAAGUUAUUGGAACUGGGCAAAAAAUAUGCGUAAGGUAUGUAGAUCGAUGUUUAUAUUUUAAGUAGCAUUAAGGCGUUUUAUAGUGUGAAUACUCAGUUUUACGUUUACAACUACUGAUACCUAGUAUAUUCAAAAAGGAAUAGGUAGAAUAUCACUUCAUGCGAUUAUAUGACGUCUCAACUAGGAUAGAGCCUUUUUUGCAGCUUAGUGUUCUUGUUCUAUGGGCACUACCAAGUCUUUGAACCCAAGCAGCUUCAAUAUCUUAUUUUGCAGCAGUCCAUCUGAGCUAAUCCAAGCCUCAAUAACCCGGAUGGAUUGUGAAAUUAUACACAAUAUUCGAAACAAAGUUUUUGUACUUACUGACUUACAAAAUGCUUGCACGGUAUAAAAAGAAAUGAUGGGCUUGUUCAAAUGGAUGUGCCAAGAUCCCGUCAAAGUAUAGUGAAACAGCAUUAAAAUAACGGAACAGCCAGUUGCUGAAUUAUGAUACCUAAGGCGAAAUAUGUGAAACAGAACUUAUUGCUCUCGUAAAUAGAUUUCCUAUCGUCGUCGACAACAUCGUAGUAACUAUCUCUGCUUAGAAUUCUUCGAAUGUUUCCUAAAGUAUUUAUUGUUUCCCACUGCAGUCGUCUUCUAAUUCUAAUCUCUUUUUCGAGUGCAGGAAAAUAAAUUUGAAAGUGCAUCAAUUUGCUUUAUCCCACCUCAUUGCCUGCAAUUCGUACAUUAGAUUUCAUUCGGUAAGUGAAACGUAAACAUGUUGCACUUAUCGAACGUCUACUGUAGUUUCGUCGGAAAACCAUGUUCUGGAGUUAUCUGCCAAAGCUCAUUCAUUUUCAUUACUCUUACUUCAGGUCGACAUAUAGCAUGGCUAGUGUCUCUAGCAGGAUGUGACUCCGCUUGUUCGUAAAACGGCUUCCCCAUGCUACGGCUCAGGAAUUGAAGUAAACCGUUAUUAUGUAACCCGCGGUUACAAUUUCGUUCUAAAUUUAUGUACAUCACUGUGUUUUGAAUCAUUUUAAAUUGUUAUUUUGUUAUUUUUAUUUGAUUUGUGAAAUUAGUGUAGGGAAAUAAAAUCGCACAUAUUGUACCGGUGAGGCAUUUGACCCCCAAGCUCCCCCAUCACAUGGCACACAUCGAUCGAAACAGCAGCAGAAAACAAUUGCAUACGGUGGAUAUGUGGUGUGUGGUGUUUUGUUUAGACAGAAAAGAAAGUUACGGACCGCGAAGCGCAACGGACACAAUUUUGAUUCCCGUAUCAAUUGGUCCGGGAAAAGUGUAAUCAAAUCCCCGUGUCGUUUAUUUUCUGCUGGAUGGUUGUUCCCAGCCACGUCGGGAGUGCGCAUAAGUAGUUCCUAAAAAGGAAAGUGCCGGCCCGCGGUUCGGGAACUAGUGAGUGCUACAGAUAGAUUAAUAUAAAAGUUUAUUGCAAAAUUUA